UCGUUUCAGUACUUAUGACAAUAAAACAGUCUUGACUGUGGGGGUCAGUGAUGGCAUAUUGCAGGGACAAAAUGAGACAAAGUGGUGGAAUAACUCAGCAGGUCAGGCAACAUCUCUUGACAAUGUGUAGGGUUGGGACCCUUCUUCAGGUUGUGUAGGAAGGAACUUGGUUUAUACCGAAGAUAGACACAAAAUUCUGGAGUAACUCGGCGGGUCGGGCAGCAUCUCUGGAGAAAAAGGAAUAGAUGAGGUUUGGGAUCGGACCCCUUCUUCAAGUAACCCUUGCUUCCCCUCUCUCUCCAUCCCUCCCUCAUCCCACUUCUCCAACCAGUCUGACUGUCCCGUUUACAUUUUGCAUUGUACGCCUCGUUGUCAACUUUCCCUAGCUAACAAUUAUCUUUUCUACAUUUUCGUUAAACCUCGUCCCCUUUGAUCUGUCGUUUUCACACCUAACCCUUCCACAUCUCUCGUUUCCCUCUCCCCUGACUCUCAGUCUGAAGAAGGGUGUCGAACCGAAACGUCACCUAUUCCAGUCAGAGGUGCUGCCUGUCCCACUGAGUUACUCCAGCAUUUUGUGUCUGUGAAUCUUCAGAGUGAUUGGAGUAGGGAAGAGAAAACAGGGACAGAUUGUCCUGCUACGUGCGGUGAUAAACUAGUCGCCGUUCUACAGCCGAGGUCAGAUCGGAAUCAUCGCUCUGACACGCACAAAUGAUGUAAUGUUCAGCCCUGGAGUUUAACAUCUGUACAGCACGACUAGUCCGGCCCCCACUGCUCUCUCGUCAGAGCCUGCACUCCCCGGCAAGACAGUCCAAGCCAGGCCGGGCCGGGCCGGGAGGAUGUCGGCGAUCAAACGCGACCCCAGGAUCACCUACAGUCAAAGCCUAGGGUGCGGGGCAGCGGCCGGGGUCCUGAGCCGCUCGCUAACUUGCCCGCUCGAUGUGGUGAAGGUACUGAGCCAAGUGGGCACCUUCCACGCCAAGAAAGGCUUCAUCAGGACUUUCCAGCUACUGUGCGAGGCCGAAGGGCCGCGGGCUCUGUGGAAGGGGAACUGUAUCGCCUGCCUGCGCCUGUUCCCGUACAACGCCACUCAGCUGUCAGCUUUCCACAAGUUUGUGUACCUGUUCAUGGAUGACUUGGGCCACAUCUCCCAUUGUGGCGCCAUUGUGGCCGGGAGCCUGGCGGGUAUCGUGGCCGCUCUCCUCACCUACCCGACCGAACUGAUCGAGACCAGGCUGAUUGUUCAGAACAGCACGGCUCCCACCUACAGAGGCAUCCUCCACGCUCUCCUCACCAUCUACACCAGCGAGGGGUUCCCGGCUCUUUACCGUGGGGCUUCACUCUCAAUACUGGGUGCAGUACCUUUCUCUGCUGGCUCUUUUUUAGUCUACAUUAACCUGGAUAAACUCUGGAAUAAGCCCAGUGUGAAGCUCACACCGCUGCAGAACUUUGCCAAUGGUUGCUUGGCAGCUGGUGUUGCCCAGACUCUCUCCUUCCCCUUCGAAACUGUGAAGAGGAAGAUGCAGGCACAGAGUCCUCUGCUUCCUCACUACGGAGGUGUAGAUGUGCAUUUCACUGGAGUCGUGGACUGCUUCAAGCAGAUUGUGAAGACAAAGGGUUUUCUAAGUCUAUGGAACGGACUUACUGCCAAUAUACUGAAGAUUGUUCCCUACUAUGGUUUGAUGUUCAGCACCUUUGAGUUCUGUAAGCGGGCCUGCCUGUACAGGAACGGCUACAUCGUGUCGCCACUGAGCUACCGGCUCAGCCCAGGAGUCGACCAGAGCCUGAGGGCCGAUGAGCUGCAGGAACUGAAGGGGUUGAUCGGGGGAAAGAGCUUCGAGACGGGCCGACCCUCGAUCGGCAACAAGUGGUGGGGCUGAGAGAGACCCGACUGUGAGGACCUGUGACAGGCCCCUAGCAACCUCAAUCACAGACUGCCCCCGGGAGGGCAAAAAGAUCCCGUCUCUCUCAAUAGCUCAAGCUGCAUUUUACACAAAACGUUGAUCAGUUAAUAGCAAAGGGGAGGCUCCCCUUCUCGAGGUGAUUUACGCCUGUUAUUUAACAAACAGGACAGCCCAGCAUUACCAUCAAAUACCCUGCAGUCUCAAACAUUGAUAGCUUCUCCUAGAAUUAAUUUGAUUUCCGAAAUGCAAAAUUGGUUUCCACGUUUUAAGGCGUGCGGGGGAAUGAUUUAAAAGCGACCUGAGGGGUAGGUUUUUCCCACAGACGGUGGCUGGCGUAUGGAAUGAGCUGCCAGAGGAAGAGGGGGCAUUUGCACAGUCUAAAGAGGGAGAUGGGGCCCAAAUGCAGGCAAGUGGGACGAGCUCAGCUCGGCAACUUGGUCAGCAUGUGGAGUUGGGCAAACCCAUUACUGUGGUGACUAAUGCCAGGAUCUGUACCUUUGUUUAAUGAUUGGUGGAGUGCGAUCUGUGGCUGCUGACUGCACCCACCCAUAGACCUGGGUAAAGUAACCAAUGGCAAUGUAGAACCAUAAUAGUCUGAAUGUGCAAGACAGGGACAUUAUCUGUAAGGCUCUGGUUCAAAAGCUUUCAUUUUAUAUUGUGCCUUUGCCCUAAUAAAAUACGCCAAAGAU